AGCAAAAAUUAAAAGAUCCAAAAAAUUUAAAGAGAGCAAGAGAAGAAGGGGAUCAACAAAAACAACACACAACCCACAAUGGUUUUUUCCUCCAUUCCAGUCUAUUUAGAUCCUCCCAACUGGCAUCACCACCAGCAGCAACCUAACCAACUAGUACCACCCCAAGCAGCAGCUUCUUCUGCCUCCUAUGAAGCGAAUUCGACACAUCAGCACCACCACCACCAGCAACAGCAACAACAACAACAACAUCUGCUUCCCCCGCUUCCUCCUCCUCCACCGCAGCCAGACGGCGGUGGAGGAGGAGGAGGCGGGUUGGGGUCCAUCAGGCCCGGUUCGAUGGCGGAUAGGGCUCGGAUGGCGAAGAUACCCCAGCCCGAACCGGGCCUGAAGUGCCCCCGGUGUGAGUCCACCAACACCAAGUUCUGCUACUUCAACAACUACAGCCUCACCCAGCCCCGCCACUUCUGCAAGACCUGCCGCCGCUACUGGACCCGUGGCGGCGCCCUACGCAACGUCCCCGUCGGCGGGGGCUGCCGCCGCAACAAGAAGACCUCCUCCAAGCCCCACAAGAACUCCUCCGCAUCUUCCGCCGGAGGCGGCGGAGCGUCCACCAGCUCCGCGGGCGGGAUCAUGGGGCACUUGCCACAUCAUCACCACCACCAGCUGCCGCCGCCGCCGCCGUUCAUGUCCUCCCACCUACACGGCCUCUCCCAGUACGCUAGCAGCAAUAAUAAUAACAGCUUAGGGCUGAACUUCGGCAGCGGAGAAGGAGGCGGCGGUGCAAUGGCAAUGUUUCACAUGGGAGUAAGCAGCAGCAGCAGCCAGCAGCAUGAUUCCGCCGCCAUGGUGCAGCAGUUCCCUUUCUUCGAGGCAGCGGCGGCGGCGGGGCCACCUGGCAAUCUAUACGGGUCGUCGUUUCAGGAGGAUGACGUGGACAGUAAUAAUGCUAAUGGUCAGCGGCAGCAGCUUAUUAGGGCGUUGACAGCUGGCUCGAGCUCUAGGGUUAAUCUGAAUCCAUCACAGCAUGAUGAUCAUGAUGAGCUGGCUCCGGUCAAACCCGAGCUCGCCAUGAGCCACGGCCUUAACCUAUCCCGUCCUCCUCCGCCGUUUGCGGAUCCCGACGGCAGCCAGUACUGGGGCGGCGGCGGCGGCGGCGGGAAUGCGGUCAGCUGGACGGAUUUGACGGGUCUCAACUCCCACAAUUAACCGGGUAAUGGAUCAAUCAGCUAGCUACAAAGGUGGUGUGUGUGUGACAAAUUGGUGGGGGGAUUUAUUUCUCUAUGGCUACAUUAAUUCAACCUAUAUAUUAUAUAUGUUUUCGUUAUGGGAUUUUAUUCUGCUGGAUUGCUUUCUACUUGUUAGUUUAUUGGUCUGUUUCGGUGUGUAAGAGUUGCUUGUCGUAUCAUUUAGCUACAUUGUAAUGUAUGUGCGUGGGUUAGCUAGCUAGCUGCUACGUUAAUUGUUAUAUAUUUCUAACACUUACGUAAA